AUGGAGAUUCUUCGCGUACUCUCUAGCCCUGACAUCGAUGUGCGCCGCAAGGCUUUGGGCAUUGCCCUCGAGAUGGUGUCGAGCAAGAACGUCGAGGAGGUCGUGCUCCUGCUCAAAAAGGAGCUGUCCAAGACCGUGGACCAAGAAUACGAGAAGAACACCGAGUACCGCCAACUCCUCAUCCACUCUAUUCACCAGUGUGCCAUCAAGUUCUCUGAGGUUGCCGCUAGCGUCGUCGACCUGCUUAUGGAUUUUAUCGCCGACUUCAACAACACCUCAGCAGUCGAUGUCAUCAACUUCGUCAAGGAGGUCGUGGAGAAGUUCCCCAAGCUGCGCAAGCCGAUUGUCCAGAGGUUGGUCGCUACGCUGAGCGAGGUGCGUGCCGGAAAGGUCUACAGAGGAAUCAUGUGGAUUAUUGGAGAGUACUCCCUGGAGGAGCGCGACAUCAGGGACGCAUGGAAGAGCAUUCGUGCCAGCCUCGGCGAGAUCCCCAUCCUCGCCUCGGAGCAGCGACUGCUUGACGGUGACGGUGAGGAGGAGAACAAGGACCAGGUUAACGGCCACUCUAAGCCCGCGCAACCCACUGGUUCGCGCAAGGUCCUCGCUGAUGGAACUUAUGCUACGGAGACCGCCCUCACCAGCCAGUCUUCCGUGGCUGCUAAGCUGGAGGCUGUCAAGGCCGCCCAGAAGCCUCCUCUGCGCCAGCUUAUCCUGGAUGGCGACUACUACCUUGCCACUGUCCUCUCCGCUACCCUUGUUAAGCUUGUGAUGCGCCACGCCGAGAUCUCUUCUGAGGCUGCUCGCACUAACGCUCUGCGUGGUGAGGCCAUGCUUAUUAUGAUCUCCAUCAUCCGUGUUGGCCAGUCGCAAUUCGUCAAGGCGCCCAUUGAUGAGGACUCGAUCGACCGUAUCAUGUCCUGCGUGCGGUCUCUGGCUGAGUUCAACCAGCACAAGGAGCUCGAGUCCGUCUACCUUGAAGACACCCGCAAGGCCUUCCGUGCCAUGGUUCACGCCGAGGAGAAGAAGCGUGCCGCCAAGGAGGCCGUUGAGAAGGCAAAGACGGCUAUCCAGGUCGACGACGUCGUCCAGAUCCGCCAGCUUUCCAAGAAGAACGCCACUGACGGCUUGGACGAGAUUGAGGUCGACCUCGAGAGGGCGACGGGUGGUGAGGCCACCGCGGAGGAUCUCUCCUCCAAGUUGAGCCGUGUCGUCCAGCUCACCGGUUUCUCCGACCCCGUUUACGCCGAGGCCUACGUCAAGGUCCACCAGUUCGACAUCGUUCUGGACGUUCUCCUGGUUAACCAGACUAUGGAGACGCUGCAGAACCUCUCCGUCGAGUUCGCCACCCUCGGCGACCUCAAGGUUGUCGAGAGGCCGACGACGCAAAACCUGGGCCCUCACGACUUCCACAACGUCCAAUGCACGAUCAAGGUCUCGUCGACCGAUACUGGCGUCAUCUUCGGCAACGUUGUCUACGACGGCGCUCACUCAACGGACACCAAUGUUGUUAUCCUCAACGACCUUCACGUUGACAUUAUGGACUACAUCCAGCCUGCUACUUGCACUGAGACGCAGUUCCGCACGAUGUGGACCGAGUUCGAGUGGGAGAACAAGGUCAACAUCAACUCCAAGGCCAAGUCGCUGCGUGACUUCUUGGAGCAGCUGAUGGCAGCGACCAACAUGAACUGCCUGACUCCCGAGGCCAGCAUGAAGGGCGAUUGCCAGUUCUUGAGCGCAAACUUGUACGCUCGCAGCGUUUUCGGCGAGGAUGCUCUGGCCAACUUGAGCAUCGAAAAGGAAGGCGAGGACGGCCCCAUCACCGGCUUCGUCAGAAUAAGAAGCAGAUCGCAAGGCCUGGCGCUGAGCCUGGGAUCCCUCAAGGGUCUCAACAAGAUCGGCUCUACGGCGUAA